ACCCCCUCAACCUAUUUUUCAAUGCAUGGCUAGUCCUAAUUUUGACCUUAACAACCAACCCUUUCUCUUUGUGCAAAUUUCAUCAAACACAUCACAAAAUGUGGAGCAAUCAUUGUCCUAGUAAUAGUGCUGCUAUAUCAAACAGGUCAGAACAGGGGAGGCAUUCUGUUUAUAGAGGAAUUCGCAAGAGGAACGGGAAAUGGGUAUCAGAAAUACGUGAACCGCGGAAAACUACAAGAAUAUGGCUAGGCACGUAUCCAACACCAGAGAUGGCAGCUGCAGCAUAUGAUGUUGCAGCUUUGGCAUUAAAAGGUCAUGAUACGCCGUUGAACUUCCCGGGCUCAAUGUGUUCAUAUACUAUGCCAGCUUCGCUAACAGCAGCAGACAUACGCGCGGCAGCUGCAAAUGCUGCUGCUGUUAGAGCGCCACAACUGGAACGCGAAGAAGCGCGGCAUCAGGCAGAGUGCCAACCUGAAGUUGGAGAUGGAGCAAUGGGACAAGAGUUUUUUGAUGAAGAGGAAGUGUUUGGUAUGCCAAGAUUGUUAGUUGACAUGGCGGAGGCAAUGCUUGUGAGCCUUCCUAGGAUGAAGACGACUCCUUACGAUGAGUUGCCUGAAUAUUCUGAUGCAUCAUAUACUCUCUGGAGUUACCCUUAAUUAUCAAUAAUCAAACAUGUAACAUGCAUUAGCUUAAAAAAAGGUAUCAAUAAUCAAGGCACUCUCUUGGUGUGCCAUGUACAUCAGUUGAAUAGUGUGACCACUAAAAUUAUAUAGGUGCGGUUGUGUCAUGGGCUCAAGUUGUAGGUGAGACCAGAACUUGUCUCACUCUCAUUUUCUUGUAUUCCUAAUAUUAUUCGGAUGGAGCCUGUUGGAGUGAAAUAGUGCAACUAGUUGCCGUUGAGUCUGGUCUUUUCUUGUUGUUUUCACCAUAUGCAGAAGCUGGUUUUAUUGUAUAUUUUCUCUUCCAUUUAGGAUAUUAUAACAAGCCUAUUUUUUUACCCUGAUUAUGAGAACCA